AUGUUUGUCUAUCUCGCGAAGAAAAUUGCGAUUCCGCAUAACCUGAAUUUACAGGUUAUCUCCUGGAAUCUCUCGCAAGGAUGGAUAGCAUGUGGCGGAGAAAGAGGAUUGCUCAAGGUAAAAAAUCGAUUGUGAUGUUUAUUUUAGCAUGUGGCGGAGAAAGAGAAAGAUGACUGCGCAAGGUGAUGAAUUAUAGAGUCAUGGUUAGAGUUAGAUUUUGUAUUUGAAAAGAACGAAUUCGUAUUGGAAGUAUCUAUGUAUAAAGAAAGAACCAGUAGUUUUGCCAUUUACACUUUUCCUUUUUCGUCCAACAGGUCAUCAAGCUCGAAUCCACGGGCUCCGAUGGGUCCAAGAGCAACCUGUCCAUGAACCAGACCCUAGAGGGCCAUCAGGGAUGCAUCAUGGUAGCCACAUGGAACGAAAAUUUCAGAAAAUUAACCACAAGCGAUCAGUUAUGAUGUUGAUGGCUGAGAAAAAAGAAAGGCCUGUUGUCGGAGGAGGUCGAGGAUAUUUUUAUAUUGUUUGAUCAUGCACUUGCACAGACAGACAUACUUACCUCUGUAUGGCUCUGGUAUUUGGUAAGCUGAGUUUGAUCACAAGGAUUCUCGUCUUGUUUUCCUCAAGACCAAAAUCAGGGGACCAAAUACCAGAACCAUUCAACCUCGUAGGAGACAUAAAGUUGAAACGUAAGCACAACAGGUAUAAUCCAGUGAUGGUUGUACAAUUUGACCACUUCAAACAGUCUUUUGUAGUCUUUUGUACCAAGAAGUUGAAGGUUUAGGCUCAGCGAGUUCCUUUGUUUAGAAAAGUACCGAGUUUUUGGUCUUCCUCGGUUCAUCAACAUUACUUACUUAUCUUCUUUUGUAAUCUUUUCCACCCUCUGAACUGUCUUCUAUUUGUUCAUCUCCCCCACCUUCUGACCCGUUGGCUUCUAAUCCCUAACGGGCUGAUAAUAGUGUGGAUGCUACACCGAGGCAUCUGGUUCGAGGAGAUGAUAAACAAUCGAAACAGGUCAGUCGUGAAGGAUAUGAAGUGGACACCUGAUGGGCAGAAAAUCUGCAUUAUCUACGAAGAUGGAGCGGUUAUAGUUGGUAUUUUUGAAAAAAAGUAGUAGUCUAAUAAAAGUAGUAACUCUAACUUUUAGCUGCCUAAAUCUUGAUAGAAGCCUCGUUUCUUUCCCAGUAGUUCAACUUCACAACAGGCACCGUCGACGGACAACGACUCUGGGGCAAGGAGUUGAAAACGCAGCUCCAAAUGGUGGAGUGGGCUCCAGAUGGGAGGAAUAUUCUUUUUUCGACUCCAAAUGGGGAUAUUCAUUUUUAUGAUGUGAAGGAAGGAAAUGAAAAAAUACUAGUCUCUGAUGAAGAGUAGUUAUACCUACAACUAGCAGAAAACCAAACUGAACGCUCGACUAUAAGUUGCUUAGGAGCUAGUUUUCUAGAACUUCUAGGUAAUCCAGUUCCUUAGGUGAUCGAGAUAGGAUCGCAACACGGAACGAUCACAUGACCAAACUGAGCUGAAACAGUCUCAGCUUUCUUCUAGAAGCAAACCUUGAAACAGUCUCAGCUUUCUUCUAGAAGCAAACCCCGUCAUUCCCUAAUCCUCGUACGAUCCCGAAGGCGUUUACGUCCUCAAGAUUCCAGUCUACUGCCUCGACGAGGGCAUGCAGACACAGCUUGCUGGCAUACACUGGUAUGACGGGACACAGCAUAGAGACAGAUUGAACAUCCCAAGUCUCGCUUGUGCGUACGAAAAUGGCAGAGUACAGCUAUUACGCAACGAAAGCGAUGACCGGCCGGUUCUCAUAGACUCGCAGAUGCGAUGCACAGGAGUCAGGUACAAGAUGAACAUCAGUUGUUAGUUUCAUUUUGUUACCAAUAGCAGUACCACGACCGUACCUUCAUCUUGUUUUAUGCUUCGAUGCUAAAUUUAACUAAUAAAUUUUGAAUUUUGAUUUUCUUUGCCACGAGCACGACGUUCUCUCAUGCUCAUUUCUUCUGCUUAACAACCACAGGGCAAGGUAUGAGUACGGGAUCCAAAUUACUACCCUUCUCCCCCUACUUACUCGUACUCCCUCACCAGGUGGAACUACCCUUCUUGUUCUUCCCCUACUCCCUCACCAGGUGGAACCCAGCUGGCACAGUCGUAGCGCUUGCCGGGAUGCAAAACAACGGCAGUGGUGGUGAGGUAGGAAUAGUCCAGUUCUAUGGUGCCCAGUUCGGAGAGCAUCUGCGAACUCUGAGACUGCCUGGUAACAACUUACGAUCCCUCAGCUGGGAAGGAUCCGGGUUGAGACUUGCUCUUGCUUAUGAAGAAUAGUACCUAUUUUUUAGCAGGUUUACGUUUUUUAGAACUAGAUUAGAUGAACAAGAAAGGCAGAUUGGAGACAUAUGACAUGACAGGAAAGGAAAGGAAGGCCACCCAGUGAUGGUGUUUCGUGUUUACUAGAAGCAUCCAGAUCCACACCUGCCAGUUCCUCGUACUCAACGUUUUAACUCCCAGUAGACCACCACGACAUUUUCUCCUUAAUAUUUUUCUAACUGCCAGUAGACCACCACAUUUUUUUCGCAAAUGUCAGACCAGACUACAUAUGGGACUACUUUGGCAAGACACUUGUGUACGCUGCUUACAAAAAGGAAAGAAGCGAGUAUACUGUAGUCUUCUGGAACACUGCAGGGAAAGGGAGUGGAGCUGGCAGUAGUUCUGUUAUGGUUGUAUCUAUCUAAAUCUAUCUAAAUCUAUCUAAAUCUAUCUAAAUCUAUCUAAAUCUAUCUAAAUCUAUCUAAAUCUAUCUAAAUCUAUCUAAAUCUAUCUAAAUCUAUCUAAAUCUAUCUAAAUCUAUCUAAAUCUAUCUAAAUCUAUCUAAAUCUAUCUAAAUCUAUCUAAAUCAAUCUAUCUAAAUCAAUCUAUCUAAAUCUAUCUAUCGCUCUGCUCUCAGCUCUAUCUACUUUGAUUCUCACUCUAUCUUUUUGCUUGGUCGUAUGGUCCUUUUGAUGUUGUUCCGAACAUCAUAAAGGAUAAGGACAGAGCUAGAAGAAUAUUAGAAGGGCUGUAAUAACAUCGCUACUGAAAUUGAUUCAGUGAUAAUUCGAACCUAACACGAACACGACUUGUAUUCUACUUAUUUAAGCACGGACACUGCGCUAAUUCUGCCGCAGGUGGUGGUGGUUCUGGAAGUGGAGGAGGAGCAGGCGGAUCAGCUAGUGACAAUACUGGUUCAUCCACUGCAGCAAACGCGAAGACGGCUAGUGGCGGAGGCCAACCACAGAUGAUUGGCGAUGGACAAAAUGUAGAGGUAAAAACCCUUCGGCACGUAGUGGCGAUAAAAGCGGCCGGCGAACAUUGUGUCAUAGUAACGAUUAUGGCUGUUAAUGACGAUGAGGACGACCUAGUUCUAGUGCUAGACAGUAUCUAUAAUACUUGUAAUAAGAACAUCUAGUGCGAGACCUCUUAGAAUCUAGUCAGAGGCCUCCUCCUAGUCGGUAAUUCCAAGUCUUAUUCGUUCAAGUUCAGAAUUUAGACAAAGGCAUAUUACCAGCUCUAAUCCCGAGACUGAAGAAAACGUUUAUCAAAUCCACCUGUGUAACGAAAUUGGUAGUCCUUUGGAGAAGAAGGAAAUAGUCCUGCACGCGACAGUGAAGGCAGUGGCCAUGACGAGGAGUCAUGUGAUAUUAAGGCUUAUUUCCCUAAUCGUAACCCAAAUCUACCUCGGUGAAGUUUAAGAGACAUCCUUGCUUGCUAAAAAGAAGGACGUUGUUUCCUCGACGGAAAUGAAUAUAACAGGCACGACCCUCCAGCUGCAGCAGCACGAUGUACUAUGUUGUAUCUUCAGAUGUUGGAUCAGAAGGAUGCUCUCUAAUUAUAGUCGCAACGGCAGACGUAGUGUACGUUUGGAACUACAUAAACCAUUCGAAACAGAAGGUUACGAGUCAAAAGCGAACGGAACUCAUGUUUUCUUUGCACGAUGACGGCAACUUCGUGGAAAAGGAGGAGUUUCAAGCAGCACAUAACAAUGCAGGUUUCUUAUUCUUGAGUUUGAAAUUUAAUUCAUGAAAAUGGAUACGAAGACGAAUAAUAUAAGCAAUAUCCUUGUCGUUGUCCUACUCAGAGAACCACUAUUUCCUGAAUUAAGCGAACAUGGCGAAGGCGAUUUUCCGUGGCCUAUCUCAUCCUCGAACGAAAAUUCUUAUCACCGUGCACAACAUUUUCUCCUUUAAUCCAUUGAUCUACUUCCACCCCAUCUUCUGACAUGAAACUACAACACCCCACCUGCACCACAGCCUCAGUCGAGGACGGUAUUGGUACAGUGUGCGCUUCGGAUGUCUUACUCCUUGUUGGGCGUGAGUCUGGUGCAGUGCAGAAAUAUACUUUGCCGUUUUUGCAGAAGGACGGCCGGUUCAGCAUCAAGAUGAACCCCAGUGUCUUCCAAUUGAACUGCCACUCCACAAAGCUACUCACGGUCGACAUCAACGGAAUCCUGUCUCUGUAUGUUAGGGAAGUAGAAGUAUUCGAAAACUGAAAAUAACCGAGUUACUGACUGAAAUAACGGAGGUAGCUUAACAACAAAGUUACUUGCUUAUUUCAGUUUUUCGUAGAUGCAGAAAUAGAUGGUCCUGCUCCAUGUGCUCUCCAAGUUCAAAUUUCAAAUUCAAAUAGUUCCUUGUGCUUAUCCUUUGCCUUUUUCUGCGACUAAAGGCUUCCUCCUUCUCCUCCUCUAACGGUCACGUCGACAAGCGGAAAGGGCAGGUUACGCAGUUGCCUUUUGAGCGAAAAGACGUUUGGCAUGUGAAGUGGGCGAGCGAUAACGGCGACUUAUUCACCUUCAUGGAGAAGUCAAGGAUGUACAUAGUGCGAGGCACGCAACCGGAGGAGCCCGUUCUUAGUUCCGGUUACAUCUGCGAAUUCAAGGAUUUGGAGAUUAGGUCUGCCUUAGUCGACGACCUGAUGCGAGCACCAGAACAGCCAUCGAAGUUAUGUGGUUCUAGCAAUGAAAAAGGAAAUGCUCUAGUCGCUGUGUAGUGUCAAAGCCCCUUGUGCUUGAAGAUAUCGUCCCAUGAUGUUGCCUACAGUUGUAAAUCUAUAGCACUAUGCUGCAGUACGAGAGCAUGCUACAGUACGAGAGCAUAUGCAUAGAUACUACAGUACGAGAGCAUACUACAGUACGAGAGCAUACUACAGAACGAGAGCAUACAACUACAGUCCGAAAGCACAUGAUCAAGUGGAGCAUUCUUAAAUGAUCUUUCUUCUAACCAUUCCAGCAAUCAUCAUGGAUUUCGAGACCAAAAGCCUUCGGGAUACCAGGGACAUUCUCACGAAGCUGAGUAAUCUGAAAGACGCUUUCCAGUAUGUGGAGGACAAUCCGCAUCCGCGCCUCUGGAGGCUUCUGGCCGAAAGCGCAUUAGAUCAACUGGAAUUUCAAGUGGCGGAAAAGGCCUUCGUCAAAUACGAGGAUUACGCAGGCAUCCAGUUCGUCAAGAGAUUGAAACUUUAUGUUUUGGACAUGAUGAGCAUGAGUGGUGACAGAUGGCGUGUAAGUGUAAUAAAGUCAAGAAAGGGAAUUAACGUAAGGGUUGAGUACCACAACAUUCAUAGUUGUUCGUUGAGUUUUUAUCUUCUGAAUCAGGUACAGUUACAGAAUAAUCACCUCCACAUCUUCAACAUACAACUGUGAUGCAAAUGUAAUCUUCAUCCUUUUUCAUUUUUUCUAACCUCCCCUAUCCGACAAAGUGAAGCAAAAGGCGGAAGUUGCAGGCUAUUUUCAGAGGUUUGACGAAGCGGAGAGUCUCUAUCGGGAGAUAGAUAGACGAGAUCUAUCCAUAGAAUUGCGCCUCAAGCUUGGUGACUGGUUUCGAGUUAUACAACUCGUGCAGUUAUGAGUGGGUCGCCGUUCUAAGUUGAUAAUUGUGUGUAAGGUAACAUCGUGCCGAACCUCCACGACGCCCUUAUGGCAGUCUGCACUUUUUGCGAGAUUUAUUGCGUUGUAUUGCAUGGCUUCGGUUUCUUGCGAUCUUUCACGACACAGCAUGCAGAUUCUUACUGUAUUUUGAAUUUUCUCCUGUUUGGGACGAGUCGUGACAAUUCAUACUUGAUGACGCACAUAGCUUUCAUAACCCGGAAGUGGAGGCAGCGAGAAUUUGCUUCAGGAGGCUUACAACAACAUAGGCGACUACUACGCUGAUCGAAGUAAAUGGUCCCACGCUGCUCAGUACUACACGAAAGCUAGAAACUACGACCAAUUAGUGGAAGCCUACUACAACCUGGAGGACUACGAUUCUUUGGCGAGGUUCAUCUCUAUGCUGCCAGAAGGGAGUCCUUUACUCUUACGGCUCAAUCUUCAUGAUGUGCAGUUCGCAUCAUCGCUUUGUUAUCUUCAUGAUGUGCGAUUCCUAUCACCCCUUGGUAAUUAUUCUCACGACAUUGACUGCAGAAUAACCAACCUUUUCCACGCUUUUAGGGCCCUUAACACACCAACAAAAACAAAAAUGUCAUCCUGCUGCAACCCGUCUCUGUCCUGUAAUAAGGACCUUUUUCGUCUCGUGUAAGAUAAGACUUUUGACUAUCCAAGGUUCGCAAGAUUAUGAGCAAUUUCUGCAUCUGCGAGUAAUGAUGAAUUUUUCGGCUGAGGUAGAGGUCUAAUACUCGGAACGAUAGGGGAGAAGUUAGUCUCCGUCGGCUUGUGUGAGGAAGGGGUGAAAGCGUAUCUUCGCUUAGGAGACUCGAGAGCAGCUAUCGAUGCCUGUGCUUUGCUAAACGAGUGGGAUUUGGCGGUGGAACUGGCAAGGAAAGAAAACUUCGCUGAUAUCGAAACCUUGCUUGGGAAAUACGCACAACAUUUCUUAGUUAUGUUGUUGUUGUUCAUGCUGUGGGGUGUGGCUGUUAGAAGUAGCGCCGUUUUUUUACUUACGUAGUGGUAGUCGUAGUCCUCCUCUUUCUGGUGUUCGUAGCAGUGCUCCUGGCUUUCAUAUUCAUUGCCAUUUGUUUCAAUUACACGACAUCAUUCUAAUCUGCAGAAAGGAGACCCGGGGAGCAAGAUAGAGGCGAUUCAGCUCUACAAAAAGGCCAAUAGAUUUGGGGAUGCGUGCAAAUGGAUCAUGAACCUGGGAGACGAAGUCCAGAAGAGUAGUGAAUUGAAGGCGCCAGACAAAAUGAAGAAAAUCUUUCUACUUGCAGCAUUAGAGCUCGAGAAGAAACGAGAAAAAGCGCAGAAAAGUGGGCCUGGGAAUAUGAGGUACCUAGAUUUUCAGUGUACCAAAAAAAAAAUCUCAGAGAUCAGGAGUGGUGGAGGUGCGUAUGACUAUGAGUAGACUGCUGUAUAUUAGAGUAGUUUAUAGAACGGAUGUAGGAUGGAUCGGAUGGAUCGGAUGGACCCCCCUGAUUCUUCCGAUCCUACUUGAAAUGGUGGAAAGUCCAUCCGUUCCAUCCGAUCCAUCCGAGCCAUCCCAUCCCGGAUCUGGCACCCCUAUAAACUGCUCUAGUAUAUGAUGUCCAUCUCAUCUAAGGACUACGAUCCUCGUAUCUCGUUCUCGUGUCACGACUUAGGUCUUCAGCCGACAAUAUUUCCGCGUUGCAUGCGAUGAUGGAUAUCGAGGGGAGCGAGCCUGAUUUCGCCUAUUUUUAAGGCUCCCCGUUGUAAUCCAUCUGCAGCUCUAUAGACUGGCAUCCCUCAAGCAUAUGCACUCCAAAAAUACAAGGGAGACACUCUUGACGAGGCAUAUCCUAGUGCUUAAGGGAUGAUCUACAUCUAGUACUCCACAGGGAUGAAUUGGGGGGAGGUCUAAUAUUUGCAGCCUUGGAGGGCCUGCGAAGCGUAUCACAUACUGAUGCUCUGUCAGAGGCAGUUAUAUGAGCAUCAAAUCGACAAAGCCAUGCGUUCGGCGAUUCGUCUCACAGAUUACGAAGACAUACUAGACCCAAAGACAAUUUAUUGCUUGGUACCUGAUCAUGAUCAUACGCAUUUUUGUACGUAGGUCUUCUAGACUUAAAGCCGAUUUAUUGCUUGGAGGUAUUUGACAGUGAUACAAUGCAUAGUAAUAGUACUAGGAGGAUGAAAUUAUAGCAGCAGAUGUCAUCAUAGUAUCCGAAACUCCAACAACAUCUAUAAUGUUGAAAAUGAGUGGACAACGACAAGAACAUCAUUUUUAUGGGUGUGGAAAGAAUUAUUACGACAAGCUGAGUACAAAUUUACUGUAUUCAUUAUUGAUGUUAUAACACUUGUCUUCUUCAUCCAUGACGCCUUAAAGACUUAAUCUCCCCACAAUUCAUUUUCUCUUUUCCCUCCACCUCCAGGUUGCCUUAACGACUUAUCAGACGAAGUUUUUUCUGCAGUGCUCAAGAGCGUUUAUCAAAUUGCGGAAUUACAAGAAGUUUGAGUCUCUAGCUCUGCAGAUAUUCACUUCCCAAGCGCCGAGAGACCCUAGUACGAGAAUGGUGCCAUGUCCAAGUACUAUGCUUGUGUUGAUUACAACAUCUUCUUCUUCUGCAUUACUUACAAGGGGACGAUAUGUUGAUUACAACAUCUUCUGCAGUACAAGGGGAUAGUAGUUUUUGUAAUUGAUAUCUUGACUUAUACCGUAGAUUCUGCACGUGCCCGAUUUUGAUCCUGUUCAUUUGUUUUCAAGUAGAAGUAGUUAUAGUUGACCAUCUCCACCUUACUCAAAAGGCAAAUGUUCUCCUCUUCGUCUUGUUCAACCGUAAGUGUACAAUUUCUCAUUGUUUUCAACAUUCAUCUGGAUCGGCUCCUUCUCAUCGUACUUCUACUUCUACUUCUACUUGCAUAUUAAGGAGAUCAUCGAGAUUCUUUGUUUCACCAUGUUGUCCUUCUUCUCAACAUAUUUCUUCGCUCCUCAUCCUAGUGCUAGUUCUCGUUCUCCUUCUCCCUCUCCUCCUACUACUACUUUUCAUCAACGUAUGCUCCACCUCUACGUCAACAUCUCUCUAUUUUACUAGGUUGUCAGUCCUCGAUGCAGGAGUGGCAAAUCCAGUGUUCCUCUUGUGGGCAUAAACUGCCUUUUUGUGUAGCCAGUGGGCGGUCGAUUUUUGGCGGAGAAGACGUCGUAGAUUUGAGGCUACAAGAAAUCCAUCUUCACAGGCGACAUCGAUCUUGGUCCUCCCGUUUUUACUUUAAAGGAAAAACUACAAAGGAGGCCCAAGCCUAACACGACGAUGGAUUUGCUGGAGAUGGAUUUCUCUUAGUUCUAAUAGAUUGUCGCACGUGUCACAGAAAAACCUACGCUACAGAGUCUAGAUCUAGGGUGAGCUGUGCCCUCUGUCACGCCCGCUCGCCAACACCCUCGAAUCCGACGAUGAGCUAUACUAGGACGAACUAG